AUGCUUGUGCCUCUUCCUUCUCUCACUCCUAGUUGCUCUAGCCACAUGCGAAAGGAGCAGACAACAACGAUUGUGGAUUUGAUGCCUUCUCCUCUUUUCGACUGCUUCCUCUGGUGCGGCUCCUUUCCUCCAACCCAGGAAGAAGUUGGUUGGACCAACAACUUCCUACGAAUGUAUUGUUCAUCUGCCGAGAUAGAUAGCUCUUCGCUAGAACGUAGAGUCCUCUCAUUCUCAGAAAAAUGGUGUUUGCCCCAAUUUGUAGAGGAGUGGCAGCAAAGAGGGCCGGGAAAAUAUUUUAUCCAAAUCAAUUACAGCAGACAUAUUCACAGCGAAACACUAACCAAUUCAUGUCCCCGGAAAAACAACUAUUGCCCUAUUGGUUCUACACAGCAAAGAAUUACCAAUAGAUGACUGUUUCUCGAUUACUUCAAUCAUGAGCUCAUUAACUAACAGAGAAGAAAAAAAGAAGCUUUUUAAAAUUUAUAUGAUUUAUUUUUUUCUAAUCAGUUCUAAAUUUAUGUAUAACUUUCAGAACAGCUUUUAAGAUGAUAUUCAUGGUGGAAUUAUCAAUAUCUUAUGUUAAACAUAGGUAUUAAAGUAAAUGGACAUGUAAAAACUAUUUGAGG